AUGAAAAGAUUAUUUCAUAAACUAAAUUUGGAGACUGAAAAAAAGAUUACAUAUGAAUAAACUCACAGAAAGUGUUUCUUUUAAAAGGAUUUUGUAAGGAUGUAGUGGAAUAGGUCCAAAAUUCCUAAAAUUACUACUGAAUUGAAUGUUGUUUAGAUAGUUGUUAUGGAAUCUAAACAACAUUAGAAAAAAAUAUAAACCAUAAUGGUUCAUGAAAAUAUCAUAGUUAAACAAAAAAAGGAUGGAUCUUUGUGUUGGAUUGAUUAUGAAAACUCUAUUUUAGAAAUGAUUCACAACGCAUAAUAUGGAGAUGGAAUAAGGCUUAUCAAAUGCUUUGAUUAAUUUGAGAUGUUUGGAGAUUUGGAUAGACUUAUGUGUGUAUUAAAGAAAUUCACUAUUCAAUUGGAGAAUUUCCGAAUCAUUAUCAAAUUCUUAAGAAGAUUAGUUCCAAUGAUAAAGCAGAGAAUAAGAAGUAGAAAGGACAAAAAUGAUUUUCAAUGCAAAAUUUAUAAUAAGAAAUUGAUAAACGCUACAAUAGAAGUUACACUAGAGAAAGAAUUACGUAUAUUAAGAAGAAUUAACGAUGAAAAUGUGUAAAAAUAUAUAGAAACUUUUGAAAAUUAAGAUUAAAUUAUAAUUGUCUAAGAAUUAAUUAUAGGAGGAAAUUUGGAUCAAUACUUAUUAAAAUGGCCCUUGCUUUCAGAAGAAAAGGCAUCCAAGUUAUUUUUUAAAUUGUUUAAAAGCUUAGCAUACUUACAUUCUAAGGGUGUCAUGCACAGAGAUCUCAAACCUGAAAAUAUUGGACUUAGAUUAAAUGGUAAUUUAGAUAAUCCUUGUAUAACUUCUUUUGGUCUGGCAGAUACUGUUAGGAUUACUCAUGAUUCAGACUCCGAUGAAGAUGUUCCCAAAUACCUUUUUCAGAGAUGUGGAACACCGGGAUUCGUUGCUCCUGAAAUAUUAAAAAACCAAGAAUAUAACUGCAAGGUGGAUGUUUACAGUGUCGGAAUCAUUCUAUAUUAUUCUUUGACUGGGAAGAAACCCUUUGAUUCAUAAAAUUAUAGGGAAAUAAUUGAAAAAAAUGAAGAAGGGAUUGUAGACCUUUCACCUUUGAAACUGACUAAGGAGGGGAUCCAUUUCAUAGAAAGUAUCUUGUAACCAGAUCCAAAAGAACGGAUUACUUCUUAAAUGGCAUUAAAUCAUAUUUGGUUUAGGAAUGAGAAAAUCUCAAAAUUAAUGGAAUUAAAAGUGAACACGAAGAUGAAAAAUAUCCAAUUUAAAAGUCCUCAAUACAGACAAAGCAUUUAAAAUCAUAAGAAUUUACCUCCACUGUUGGCAAUUAAAUAAGGAUUAGAUUAGCCCUAUGGCAGUCCUAGACUAUCUCAAUUAACUAGUGCAUAAAGAAGUUCUCUCUAUACAAAUUCUACUCGUAGAAUAAGUAAUUUAAAUGUGAGUUUCAGUCCAAAAGAUAUUAAUUCAAUCCCUUAAUCACAACAUCAUAGUCUAUAUACCAAACUUAAUUAACCUUCUCCAUCUUUGCUUACGAAUUCUUAAAGACCUUCACAAUCACUUUCAUUCUAGUACCCAUUUAUGAAAUAAAAAGUAAAACAUAAGGUCAUAGAUGAAAAUUGA